CCUUUGGCAAUGUUUUUCCUCUAAUGCGGACCAUGCAGAACCAACCCAACCCAUCUUGAACUCAAUUCCGACUGCAGAACACAGAGUCCGGAGACAACAAAAGGAACGCUGCAAAAUGAAGACAUCCUUCCCAAUGUUGAUGUUUUUCCUGGUUUUCCCAACCAAGACUUCAUCAUCGGGAUGCAGUCCAGAUGUAGCAGCUCUCAAGCGAAGCAUAAAGAGACUGGAAAACAAACUUGUCAUCAGAACUUGGCAGGUGGAAAACUUGCAGCGGCACCAAUUCUUCCGGCAGAUUUCACCUGCUCCGACUCCUCCGUCGGACUCAAACACGACCCUGACGACGCCUCUUCCGCCAGCUGGAAGCCUGAUGGUCCACGACCGAGAUUGCUCUGAGCUGUUUGACAGAAUAAGACCAAGCAGUGGGUUUUACCGCAUCAGACCUAAAAUUGACCAAGAGCCAGUUUUGGUCUAUUGCGACAUGGACGACGGAGGAGGAUGGACAGUGUUCCAGAGAAGGCGGAAUGGAAAAGUGGACUUUGACAGAGACUGGGUGGAUUACAGAGAUGGCUUUGGCGACUUCAAGCUGUGGAAUGACGAGUUCUGGUUAGGAAAUGAGCACAUCUAUUCCCUGCUGUCGGACGGUCGGAAUCUGGUGAAGAUAGACUUAAUGGACUGGGCGGGACAGCGAAGUCAUGCGUAUUAUGAGAACUUCCGCAUCAGCAAUGAAGCUGAUCGCUACCGGCUACGGUACAAGACGUACAGCGGAAAAGCUGGAGAUGCUCUAGCAGGCGGUGGGGGGAUGGUGGAGCGCUGGUCCGCGGGUCUCAGCAGCAUGCAGUUCAGCACUAGGGAUCAGGACAAUGACCGUUACACUCAAGGCAGUUGUGCUCAGGAGAACAACGCAGGUUGGUGGUACAACAGAUGCCAUUUUGCCAACUUGAAUGGAAAAUUCUACCGCAAAGGGGAGUACAAGGGCCAGUUUGAUAACGGCAUCGUGUGGGGCACGUGGAGGGGCCUUUGGUACUCCCUUCGACACACCGCCAUGAAGGUUCGUCCUCUGCUUUUCUUGGACGCCAUGGGCAGCGGUGGCGGGGAAGGUUAAAUCUGCCGCCCACAUCAUAUAUGUCAUUACUCUUUGACAGUAACGUAUCAACAUUACAAAUAGGCAAGCGAUACCAGCAAUGUAAGCGAUAUAACCCAUGAUAAAAAUAAAUGGCCUCAAUUUAUUGCAGG